AUGAGUUCUGUCGCCAUGCAUCGCAAGGUCGACUCCUCUGAGAGCUCAACCAACAAUCAGACGCCCCACCCUAAACCCAAAGCUCAAGUUCCUGAUGAUGAAUUGGCUCAUGAUUCCCCUAAGUUCUGGGAUUACGUGUGCGCCUACUGCCGCAAACCCUUUCCCUCAUCCCAGUCCUUGGGAGGCCACCAGAACGCUCACCGCAAGGAAAGAAAGGAGGACAAGAAGCUGUUCACCAAGAAUCCCAGAGAAUACCGCCGCCGCCGCGCCUGGCUCAAGCAGAAUGCUCAGAUGCCCUUGACAGAUAAUUUCCCCGUUGCACCACCACCUGCUGCUGCUGCUGCUCAGGCGGCGGUGGGUCCCUCGACUGAGCUUGCACUGUUCCCCACUUUUGGAAAUAAGCAAGGUGGGGGUUCUUCAAGAGUUGUUGAGCCAGCAGCUAAGGUUAGAAACGGAACCAAGGCUCCGAAAGGCAGGAAGUCACUCGAGAAAGGCGGCGCCGCCAACGCCAGCGAUGGGGGCCUGGAUUUGACUUUGAAGCUGUAA